AUGGACCAGAUCUCCAAGUGGAAUGUCGUUCAUCGAUAUGAGAAGCGCGCAUUGCUCAUCGCGAUCAAUUGCAUCGCCGGCUUAUCGAUCCUGUUCUUCGGUUACGAUCAGGGAAUGAUGGGAGGUGUCAACACCGCAUACGACUACUAUACCCUGAUGGGCUUCGGACACAAAGGCGCAGAUGGCGGCCCAGUCGUGGACAAUACUUUGCUCCAAGGCGGCAUCGUGUCGGUAUACUACCUCGGUACACUGGUGGGAUGCUUGGUCGGUGGCUCAAUUGGUGAUCGCUACGGGCGCAUCAAGACAAUCUUCGUCGGCGCUGCUGUCGCAACUGUCGGCGCCUGCUUGCAAUGCUCGGCCAUGAACCACGAAUGGAUGAUCUGCGCACGUCUCGUCAACGGCUGGGGUACCGGUAUCCUCAACUCGAUCAUCCCUGUCUGGGCCACGGAGACUGCGGAGCACACAUCGCGCGGACAGUUCAUCGCAAUCGAGUUUACCCUCAACAUUCUCGGUGUCGUCAUCGCAUACUGGCUUGAGUACGCAUGCUCCUUCUACGGCGACGGCACUUCGUCCUUCAUCUGGCGCUUCCCCAUCGCCUUCCAGAUCCCUAUGCUCAUGAUCCUCAUGGCCGCCGUCAUGUUCUUCCCGGAAUCCCCGCGUUGGCUCGUGAAGGUGGGCCGCGAGGCAGAGGGGCGCUACGUUCUGGCUCGACUUCGAGGAGACACCGGAGAGGACAAGGAGAGGGCGGAAGUCGAGUUCCAGGAGAUUGUCGCCUCUUGCGAGUUGGAGCGCUCCAACUUCCGCAAGCAAGACUACUUCCGCAUGCUGUUUGGUAUUGGGUCUGGCAAGCUGCACACUGGUCGUCGCGUUCAGCUCGUGAUUUGGUUGCAGAUCAUGCAGGAAUGGGUUGGUAUCGCUGGUGUCACAAUCUACGCGCCCACGAUCUUCGGCAUCGCUGGCAUGAGUCCGGCGAAGCGACAAUGGAUCUCAGGUCUCAACAACAUCUUCUACAUGUUUGCGACCCUCAUCUGCGUCUUCACACUCGACCGCAUCGGCCGCCGCUGGACUUGCUACUGGGGCUCGGCAGGACAAGGCAUCGCAAUGGCCCUCGCCGGAGGGUUCUCGUACCUCGGACAAGAAGCGACAAAGCGCGGCGACACGAGCGCAGCGUCUUCAUACGGAAACGCCGCCGUCUCCAUGGUCUUCAUCUUCACGGCCAUAUUCGGCGCGACAUGGCUUACAGUCCCGUGGCUCUACCCCGCCGAGAUCUUCCCUCUCGAAGUGCGCGCAAAGGGCAAUGCCUGGGGCGUCGUCGGCUGGUCCAUCGGCAACGGCUGGCUCACACUCCUCUGCCCCAUCAUGUUCGACUCGCUCGGCGAGAAGACGCUCUACAUCUUUGCCGCAUGCAACGCCAUCACCAUCCCCAUGGUUUGGGCGCUGUACCCCGAGACGAACCAGCGCACGCUCGAGGAGAUUGAUUUGCUCUUCGCGUCCGACAGCAUCUGGAAUUGGGAGGCGGAGAAGAACUUCAAGGCGUUGCAGGAGCAGUUGCCGUACGUCGCUACGAGCCAUGCUGCGAAGAACGAUAUCGAGAGGAUUUCGCUGUAG